UGGACUCCGGGUCCCCGAGGGGCGGGGCUGGGGUCCCCCUCCUGGCUGAAGGAGGAGGGAUGGGGGUCAGGUUGCUGGGUCCCUGGCCUGGGGAGGGUUCCGGGGACCGGACGUCGGGGUUCUUAGAAGGGGAGAUGAGUUUUCACCAUAACUGGGGCUCACGCAGGAAGCCCGAGGGAGUAGGAGGCGGAAACUUAGCCACAUCAAGGAGCCAAGGGAGGGGUGGGGAGGUGAAGGGGCGGGUGAGGAAGGGGUUGGGGUGUGAGGGUCUGAGACUCCCUCUUCUGUCCCUUCCAAGAUCUGGCCAUAGGCAUGAGGGGCCUUCGGCCGAGAUGAUAGUGCUGGUGCCAGCCUGGAGCCCAACUGUGCGUAUACCCAGGGGACAAGCCGGGGGAAAGGCAGAGCAGUACCAAGAUGGGCAGAGCUGAGAGAACAGAUGGACAGAGGUGGGGGACAUGGACAGGGACCUCCCUGCUGCUCCUGCUGCUGCUCAGCCCCGGCCUGCGCGGGACCCCCGACUGCUCCUUCAGCCACAGCCCCGUCUCCUCCACCUUCGCAGUCACCAUCCGCAAGCUGUCCGAUUACCUGCUUCAGGACUACCCAGUCACGGUCGCCUCCAACCUGCAGGACGACGAGCUCUGUGGAGCCUUCUGGCAUCUGAUCCUGGCCCAGCGCUGGAUGGAACGGCUCAAAGCUGUGGCCGGGUCCCAGAUGCAAAUCCUGCUGGAGGCUGUCAACACGGAGAUACACUUUGUCACCUUAUGUGCCUUCCAGCCCCUCCCCAGCUGUCUUCGCUUCGUCCAGACCAACAUCUCCCACCUCCUGCAGGACACCUCCAAGCAGCUGACGGCCUUGAAGCCCUGGAUCACUCGCAGGAAUUUCUCGGGGUGCCUGCAGCUGCGGUGUCAGCCGGACUCUUCCACGCUGCUCCCCCCAAGGAGCCCUGGGGCCUUGGAGGCCACAGCCCUGCCGGCCCCCCAGGCCCCUCUGCUGCUCCUCGUGCUGCUGCUGCCCGUGGGUCUCCUGCUGAUGUCCACUGUCUGGUGCCUGCACUGGCGAAGGAGGAGGCGGAGGACGCCCUACCCUGGGGAGCAGAUGAGUCUGCAGAGGACACUGAGGCCCAGCGAGACGAGUCACCUGCCAGAGGACACAGAGCUGGGACUCGGAGGAAGUCAGCUAGAGACUGGUCCCUUCCUCGACGGCGCUGCCCCGCUCACUCUCUCCCCAGGAUGGAGGCAACGCCAGUCCCCAACGCCAGCCCCAGCCCCACCUAUCCCCCUCUGUACAAAGUCCUUGUCCCCAGGAAAUUGUAUAUAAAUCAUCCUUUUCUACCA